AUGAGCUACAUGAGUUACAAUCAUUUGUUCAAGGUUCGUUUUAUUUUAUCUCAUUGACUCACAAUUUUUCUUAUUCUCGUUGUUUUCUGCGAAUUUUUGCUCUGGAAAUCUUGUUGCUAGGAUUUAUUUUGGAACAAAUUUCAUUUCUAACUUUUUUCAUGAAUUAAUUUACCAGUUAUUAUUCAUAGGCCUCGAAAAAUGUUUAUAUGUUGUUGAAUUUUUAUUGAAGAUACCACUUUUAUUUAUUCCAAGCGUUCUGAAAGUUAUCAUAUUGUCCAUGAAAACCAAUUCGGAGAUUUAAAAUUUAACAUUUAACAUUUGCUUCGUCAUGUUCUGAGACAAAAAAAUACAAAAAGAAAUGUAUCCGAAGAAAACCUUCAAAAAGUCCACAAGUUCAUAACGCUAAAAUAUUCAAGAAAUUCUUGAAUUCUGUUAAAUCUCUUUGUAAUACCUGUGGAAAUAUUCACAUGGUUUUCUAUUUUGUUUCAUUAUUGCCUUUCAUCCGAUAGGCUCCCUAUAUUACCAUAAUUCUGUUUUUCGAACCUACAUUUCUGACGCGUUUCUGCUAUUCGCAAACCUCAUCGCACUUCAUUAGCACAAAGAAGCCCCUCGUGUAACGCAUUUCACCGGUUUAGCGCAAAUCCCCAGGUCGAUCUCAACUAUUCAGCUCUUUCAUUUGAACCAGUCCAAAUCGCUUGAAUUUUUCAGCUUAUGAAGAAGAGCUUGAAUAGCAGGUCGCUCGGAAAGCAAAAACAUUUCUUCCUUUUUUCAUAUCGAUUUGGACAUCUUCCAGGAGCCUUCGUAGUGUAGGAUUACAAAAAAUUGUUUCUGGCAUUUUUUAAACUUUUACGCUGGGUUUAUACAGAUGAAAAUUUUCUGAAAAAGAGAAAUUGAAAAAUUUGAUAUCAGUGAAUUUUAAAAUAUUCCGAAGUUUUCCCAAGAGAAGUCAUCCAAGUUCACAAAUGGGUCCUUUUUUCAUCAGUUCUGAAGUUCUUGAAUUUGAGGAGACCUUGUGUUUUUGAAGUUUUGCUGCGGUUUCCCCUGUUUCUCACUCAUUGUAAAUCAUCGUACACAUUUUUUUACUGCAGUUCACACCAACCUACGCAGUUUCCACUAGCUCGCCGUCCUUACACUUCUCGCAGACGAGGUUUUUCAGUGAGAAUUUUGACCUCCAUCAUUGUAAACACUUGUCCAGCCGGCGCGUCAUGCAGCUGCGAGCUUUUUUGCUCGUUUUUUUUUUCUGGCGGAUGGCCAAAUCGACCCCAGCGUACAAUUGAUAUUCUGUAAUCCAAUGUGGCGCGACCGCAAGUGUCAAAAAGAAACGAACAACCUCGCCAUUGCCGACAAAUUGAUUCGACACAAACCAGCAAGGCGAUGAAUUAGGGUCGGCUGAUUGUACACAUUCAAGCCUUAUACUUUAUUUAUUUCUCUCAGAAGAAAAAAUAAUGAAGGUAAGAGCAAAACAAUCAACCUUGCUCUGAAAAGGAUAGCAAUAGUAUUUUUUAAAAAUCCUUUUUUCAAUAACUUCUUUUUUUUUGAAAAUGUUAAAAAAAUGUGAAUUUUUUUCAUAAAAACUCUGCAAGGCGGUAAUUUCGGCAGGCUCUCUAAUUUUUUUGAAAACAAGAUGAUUAACUUCUCAUGUAUUAAAUAAGGUCGAAACGCGCACAUAUUUUUAGUUUUGUGAAAAAUUGAGCCGUUUUCAUAUCCAAACUAGAAAGUUAACUUUUUCUGAUAGUAACUCUUGUUAGAAUAUUUUUUCGCUCUAUCUGUCAGAUUUUUGGUGUGAAACGGCAAGUUGAUCUCUUCUAUUGUCACUUCAAACAUCUCUCUUUCUGUCAAAAAUAAUGAAGCGGAAACGAGAACAGACAGUUGCGGAAAAGUGCCACAUUCACGGUUGACAGGGGCCAUUUGUACGGCGAUGAAUGGAAAUCGUACGCUUCCCUAACCUUUUGUACCUGAUUACGGCCGUCGCCCUUUGCUGAAUCAUCCCAAAGGCGGUGCUCGCAUAAACAAAUUUCUUCCGCAUGUUGGAGUGUCGGUGCAGCUGUAGUUAUACAAGUAAAAGAGAAGAAGCAGAUUUUUUAGUCUAGGGAACUUGGUCAACUGGCCGCUCAAAUCUGCUGAAAAAAACUUAUUUUCCUUUUUUGUACUCUUAGAAAGUUCUCAAGAGGAUUCUAAAGCCUCGAAUUUUAUGCGCUCAAUUUGAUGAAAAGCAGGUUUUUGGUGUCUUCAAAGCACCGUAACAGAAAAAAAAAAAUGCUCAGAAUAGGAAAUUCAAAGUCCAUUUUGCUCUCAAGCGGUCUUCAAUCAAUAAUUUCUAGCCAUAAAUCUUUUGUGUUCAUGUACCUGAUCUAAUAAAAAAUUACUUUUGUUUCUUCUCUUGAAAAUAUCUCUUUUUGAAUUUUUUUUGCGAUAUCAAAAGUUUGCAGAUCGUCGUCGUGGGGGACCACAACUGCGGCAAGUCAUGUAUAUUGCUGAGGUUUGCGGAGAACAACUUCCGAAUGGACCACAUCAGCACGUUGGGCGUUGACUUCAAACUCAAGACGAUCAAGUUGGACAGGGACAAGGUGACGGAAAACUCCUGCGUUUUUGGCCUUACUUACGCUGCGCCGUGUGUGUUUGCAAGCAUUGCGCGACUCGAAUGUUUGGUUUGGUUCGGCUCGGCAUGCACAACACUACACGGCCGACUACUGCAGAAGAAACUUUCAAAAAUAGCGAUUUCAUGCCGGGGUGAACUGGCUGAUCAAGACGUCAGAUCUUGACCUAAGUUAUUAGACUCAAUUUUAACUGUGUACUAUUACUUUAACUCAGAAGGCCUCGAAAAAUUUGAAAGUCGAAAAAAAGUCAGGCAAAUUACUCUCAUUAAAUUGCUACAUGAUUUCAUUCAUGUGAAGCUCAAAACCAUAAAAAGCAAUCAAAAGUGUUGCAGAUUCGUUUGGAACUGUGGGACACGGCAGGAAUGGAGCGCUACCGGACGAUCUACAACUCCUACUACCAUUCGGCGCACGGCGUCAUGUGCGUCUACGACAUGACGAACGAAAAAUCGUUCGAGAACCUGGAGAAGUAUUGGCUGAAGGAGAUCAAGCAACAUGCGCCGCCAAACGCCGUCCUCAUGCUUGUGGGCAACAAGGCUGACCUCGAAGCCGAGCGCAAGGUUUCUCAUUUUAACAAUUUUUUUUCUGGGUUUGAAAAUUGGAAAAAAACCGGUUUGGGUCAUAAACUCACAAAAAUCAAUUUUCAAAAAAUUUCUUUGAAAAAAAAACACUUUUUAUGGGUUGAAAUCUGGCGAACUCUGAUCUCAACUUCAUUCCCCGACUUGAAACUUAUUUUUUUGUGUUCUCCUUUUUAGUUUUUUUCUGAUGUUUUUUUAUAUUCAUCGAUCUCGACUGUGUAGGAAAAAAAAGAUCCGACAAAGUUUAACUAUUCUGAAUAAUGACGAAUGAAAAACUGGUAAAAGUUUGAAAAAAAUUCUUACAAAGAACUUUUCUAUUGAAUAUAACGGAGAUUAAUGUCUUUCGUGGGAUUAAAAAAACAAAUAUGUGCAUAAUUCACUUUGAAAUCUUUAGGAGAAACAGGAGUCUUGUAUAAUCUCGACUCACUCUGGAUACCUAGGCUUUUUUUAAAAUUUGAUUAUUUUUUUCAAACUGUUUUUCAUGCUUGAUUCUGAGUAGGAAGCAAUGAUUAAGUUCUAGAAAUGAACGGCAGCCAAUUUGUAUUGUUUGUUCUUUGAGAACCCCGUAUCUUUUCUGCUUUAUUGAUAUAGCCGGUGCGUUUGCUUAAUUUUUCACCAAGUUUGAGCCAAAAAAAUUUCAUUUGGUCGUUUCCAAAAUAUUUUUUUAAAUUUUAAAUAGUCAUGUAAAAACUAAUAUGUUUUUUAUAAAUGAUUAGUUCAUUAAAGAACUUCGAAACCUGGAUUUUUCAAUCAAUUUUGAAAAAGUAUCUUUGAACUUUUUGUAGGUUUUUUAAAACUUUCCUGUUGCGUCUGUUUGAUCAGUUUUUUUGAAGAAAAUGUUGAACUCUAAAAUUUUUCCAAAAAAAAACUUUCCCUAAGGUCCUUAAAAGCAAAAGCGAUGUUAAAACAGCAACCCAUUAAUUUGCAAUGGUAGAAAAUGAAUUGAAGAAUUUUAACCGAUUUGAAUUAUUGAUCUGAAAAGCCUAGCAGCUUUUUGAAAAAGUUCAAUAUAAUCUGUUCAAUAAAAAAACCGUUUGAUUUUGAAAAAAAAUUGCUCGGCAGCAGGAAUAAAUUUUACAAGAAAGUGUUGAAGUUUUUAACCAAUUUGAGCUCUAUAUGUAUAAAUCAACCUCUUGAAGCGCUCACUUGGGCUCUCGGAGAGUUCAUUUGUGGACGACAGAUGUCGCCUAAAAGGCUGGAGAUGCGCCGCGUGUUCGUCAACAUGUCACGCUACAAACGUCUUAAUCGGACAUCCGAUUUACGCUCUGCGCAAAUUUUACUGCUUGGCCGUUCGCCGUUUGCGAGGACGAGCAACGUUGUUUGUGCUCUUUCGAGGCUUUUGUUCCUGUUGCGGGAAAUUCGCCGGUGCGGUGUAAAACUGCGCGGCACAAUGCAAAAGAGCCAUUGACGAUCACGAAGCGUUGCACCCAGCUUAUAUUUUCGAAUUGAUUGCUCGAAAGAGGGGUGAAAAGAAGCUCUUUUUAUUUUCUGAAAAUUUUCAAAAGCUUUCAUUUUCAUCGGCCUCUGCAAUCUUCUCUUCUGAAAUAGAUCAGAUAAGCCCGUGGUGUUCAAAUUUGACUCCGAGAAUUUUUCUUCAAGGACCUCUCGAAUUUAUGAAUGCUUUAGAAUAAUUAACUGGUACAUUGAAAAAUAUUCUAUUUCUCAAAAAAAGAAAUAAGGAUCUUCCAUUGAUAGAGCAAAAAAUUGGCAACUAUUUGUUGAAAGCUCAAACUGUAGCUAACAAAAACUGGUAACAGCUUGACUUGAGCGUACGGGAAAAGAUGAGAGUUUCAUUUUUCUAGCCCUUUUUUCUUAUUUUCCAACCGAGAAACGGCUCGGACGAAAUCUGAUAUGACUUUCGAAAAAAGAAUGGAUUCUGGAAAAUCUGAGCGUUCCGCGGUAGAAACACGGGAUAAGAGAAAAUUCGAUUUAUUAGUCACAAAGUUCCUGAUAAAAAAUUUUUUUGAGUUUUUUGCGAAAACUCGAUUAUGGGUUCGACCGCUUGAUCUUCUUCAGUUUAUAAGAAUCUAAACCGUCAACAUAAAUGAUAAAAACGAUUUUUUUUGUACUUCGCCGAAAACAAUAUAUUACUUUUGCGCUGAUGCGCCGCAUAAUUGCAGAUCCAUCUUCCGUCUUCUCUGGUUAGAUCCUGGAAGAUGAUGCGUGUUUUUCAAGAUCUUCUUUCUCCGCAAUUUCGAUUGCGCCUCAAACUCCUCGCGGAACCGAAACGGGUUCAGCUGGGGAGCAGAAAAAAACAGAUAAUUGUCUAGAAAGAUGCAAAUUGCUGGUGUCUCGCAUUCUUGACAUCUAGAGGUUUUUUUUUUCUUGCCAAACGCGAGAGGUAAUACUGCGCAUCCUCAAUCUAUUCAUGAGAAAUGGAAAUGGUAGUUUUCCUCUUGCCAUUCAAUUAAUUUCAGACAUUUUUUUCCUCGAGUCAUGUUGCCAAAUCACAGCAAACUUCAGAAGGAAAAAAAAACAACUUAAAUAAGGAAACCCAGAUAUUUCCAAAUAAUGGUCAGAGCCCUUCAAAAAAAUAAUUAUGAUUGUUUCUUUUUUUCCAAGUGAUUGUUUGGGCGCCUCAAAAAUUUUUUUCAUAAGGUAUUCUACAGGAAGAUGGUAUUCGGAAAAAAAGGGAGUAUAGAAAGUAUAGAAAUGAAAAAAAUUUCCCUUUUUAAAAAUUUUUAGAAAUCUUGCGCUGUUCAAAGUUUUACAAGUCUUCGAUGAGUAGAUAAUAGAGCCCCAGCAAGAACAGCCAACACACUCAAUUUGUAUUAAUUUCAAAUUUUUUUCAUGUCGAAUGUUUCCCAAGGUGCCUUUAACAAGAUUUGAAUCGUUUAUAAUUAUUUAAUAUAAACUUUUCGGAGCUUUCAUUCUUGUUUGGCGAACGGGCAGCUUUUCAUAAUUCCUCGGACUUCAAAUAUUGAUUUCGCAACACCAAAAAAGCUCGAAAGACAAGAAAAUCUCGAGCUUCAUGUACCAUGGGAAAAAGAAGCAAUAAAUCAUCAGGCGGCGCGUUUUGGGUCCGGCCCAAAUGGAGUUCAUCCAUUUUUUUUGCCUCCGCAUGACCGACCCGUCGGCCAAAUAGAUGGGUUGUUCGCAAUGCGUAAUAGCCAUCCUCUUAGGGAAAUGACAAGUGAAAUAGAUGUCGCUCUUGCGUCUCCUCAUUUACGAGAGGCCAAUUUGAACGGAAUUAUUUAGAAAAUUUCAGGUCGAUUUCGACAGAGCGGAAAAGCUCGCCACACGUCUUGGCGUGUCUUUAUACGAGGUUUCAGCAAAGACUGGUGAGGGAAGCUUUAUCAUUCAGAAAUCUGGAAAAAUUUCGAAAUAUCAAAAAAAAAGCUCAAAACAGGUAGUCGUUUAACGAGUUGAGAGUAUAGCCAGAGUUUUUCAUCAUUUUUUUGCUCUUAUCAAUAUUUUUAUACUAAUUUUUCCUUAUCGAAGAAUUUGGAAUUUCAAAUGAAAUGAGAAUAUUUAAAAUAUAAAAACCUUUUUAUUGUAAAUUUAAAUUUGUACUUCUCGACAAAAAAAGCUACGAUAGACAGUGGAAAAAAAUUUUUUUACUUCUAUCGGAGAAAAUAGUUUUUUUCUGCGAAAUUUAGAAUUAGUUUAUCAGUUUUUUUAAAAUCUUAUGUAGCUUUGAUUAGAAUCGUCUUCCUUUCAUUUUAAAAUCACAGAAAAAAACUCGAAUUUUUUUAUAUUCCUCUUUUUCAUUUCGACUACUCUUCAGGUAUAAACUGCGAAGAAGCGUUCCAUACGCUAGCUGCCGCAAUGAGAGAAAGGGCGAAUACGGGUAGCAUUCAUUCUGACGAAUCCGAAGAUAACGAGGUUUGGCAUUUUCCACCCUUUCAAGUUUUCAAACUACUUUUGCCGCCUUUCUGAUUGGAUGGGAAAAAUGGGUUUGACAGUUCAAAGUUUUUUGAACAAAGUGAGACUUUUAUACUUGAUGUUUUUUUUUAGCUUUGAACAGUUUUAUUUCGAUAUGAAAAGCUUGGACUUUAGGGAUUUUUUUGAGGGCGCGAGAGUAGGCCUAACUAUCAGGCGAAAUUAGAAGUCUAGAACAAAAAAAUGGUUCUUCAUUGCAAGUCAAUGUCCUUCGAUGCUCAAAUUACCUCUAACUUCUCUAAAAUGGGAAGUUCGAAGACAAUGUUAUUUUCUUCCAGGAGUUCUCUUCUGCCUUCCACGUCGACGGGGUCAUCAAAAACGACAAAAGCAAGUUCACUUCCUGCUGUUCUGGCGCCCCGGAACCUGCCUUUGUAUAG